AUGCCAUUGCCAUCUGUGCCACCAUCUCGCGGCGCCGAUUCCGUGGUCCACAUAGAACUCUUCGGCAAGAGGCAGCUGGCCUGGUUUCAGACCUUCCUGGAAUUGCCCCACGGUAUCCAUCCCACGACACCUUUGGCGAUGUGUGUUCGCCCGCCUGGACCCAGUGCAGUUGCAGAAUAG